GCAGGGCUGCGGCCAGUGCAGCAUCGACGCGUCUCCGUCCGAGUCCUCCGUCACUUCAUCGUUCCUGUCAGAGUUAACUCCGGCUCCGACCAAGGGGUGUCUGGACUCCAUGAUGGCUAUCAUCGUCUUUUCAUAACGCCACCAGCCCUGUAUUUUGGUCGGUGCCGGAGAGUCGGGCUCUCUUUUACACUUGUAAUACGCACUUUUGAGAAGUUUCCAGCGAAACUUCAAUUGGUCCACGGAUCUGUGGUAACCGGCCGCUGUCAUUCUCCGGUGUGCCACCUUGAACAGCUUGUUAUUCCUCACUUUCCUUCCGUCCAAGCAUUUCUUCAUGUCCAGCUCCUUGAGGAUCUCCAGGAAUAACUCCGUCUCCUUCACGUCCCAGUUCUGCUUCUUGAUGCCAGAGUCGUCCAUUGUUGUGGCAAUGUAGCCCCGGCUAGCUCGACGGCUAGCAAACGUUAGCCCAACGGUAGUGAAAUAUCCACACAGCGGGGAUGCUAAUGAGGUGCUAGCAUGUCGUGAUGAGACAGGGGCAGAGCGGUGCUGCUGCUAGCAUAAAUGUCAGCAGUAUUUAGCGUAAAAAGCGAGUCGAUAAAAUGUUAAAAUCCUGUGUUUAAAAAAACCACGAUAGCAGAAAACCAGCCCUGAUGCUGCAUCUUGCUAGCAACACAAUAAUCCAGCACAGAUUAGAUCAGAAAUACAAUGCACGUGUUACUUGUUGACUGGACAACCAUAAAAUAUCACGGAGUGACAUACACACGAUGUCAGGCGAUGUUGUGAAUAACACCGGCUAACAUUGUCGGUAGGGUAUUUAUUCACCUGAGGUGUUUUCAGAAUGGCUGACGUCCAACGUUUAGCAAAAACCAAAUUGUAGUUUAAUUUGACUGUCUCACCGGCCGGAGCAUCCAGCAAACCAACCAGUUGUAUAAAGUGAACUAUCGGUGGGUUCGUUUUAAGCACCUGUGCUGCUGCACCAGGUGGGCGGUUCUUUAUACGUUUUCAACCUAACAACACACACACACAUGAUUCCGCACACGAACACUCCGUUUCAGCCGUGGUAUAAAUCUAACACACCCCAUGUCCGCCCACCCCAAAACAAUGCGACUAAUCCCAUUGGCUGUGUCUUUAUACAUCCAUGGGGCGGUGAAGUGUUGGACCACAAAACAAUCAGAUGUAAUUUUGAACAGCUGUGAGAGGGAGCCAGCAGCCACAAGGACCUGCACAAUUUAAGAACAGACAUGGGCCAUCUCCUGAUCCACCGCCUGUACUUCCUGCUGAUCUGCACGCUGGCCUGUCCUGCAGUCAACGGGUUGUUUGAGUGGCUGAGAGAAAAGGAGGCCCCUCCACCAGCAGCACCACCAGCAGCAGAAGUCCCAACACUUCUUGCAAAGGAUGCCCGGUUUGAGAUGACUAUUGCAGAUGAGAGGUUUUUGGCUGAGUCAAAGCUGAUGGAGCUCAGCCCAUUAGACAGCUGUCAUUACAGGGUGGUAGCCCAGCUGAAGGCGAGCUGUGAAAGCCUCCCGGAGGAGCAGCUGGCGAAGCUUGGGGUCGUACUGUUUAACUGCCAGGCCGAGACUGAGGGGCGCCAGACCUACCCAUGCACGGAGCAAAUGACCAUAAGAGAGUGUACAGCAGACAUGGACUCGGACACAUGGAAUGCUUAUCACAUAGUGAGCAACAGGGCGCGCUCCGUUUGUUACGCCACGCGGCAGCAGCUCUUCCGGCGCAGAGCGGAGCAAACUGUGAACGCUCUCAUCUCCACGGCUACUAGCCAACUAGAUGCAAUGACGGAACUGAAGGAGGGCCAGCUGGAGCUGAAGGAACUGACUGCCGCCUCCUUGGACAAGCUGUUGGAUGGCCACAGUGCUCUGCAGGCCCAACAGGGGAAACUGUUCGAGGGCCAGGGGCAAAUGGAGAGUUCACUGAGGGACAACCUGGAGCGCCUGGGCCAGGAAAAAGCCCUAAUCGCCUCUGGACAGGAACUGGUGGCCCAGCUCAUUCAGGGCAUCACAAAGAGAGUGGAGAAUGUGAGUGAACAUCUGCAGAUCCAAGGCUCGGAGGUGCAGGACAGCCACAAGGCCAUUGUUAAAGACCUCGCAGAUGUCAGACACCAAGCUCAGGACAUCCACCAAAAAAUUGACCACAGUAUGUCUGAGCUUCUGCAGUACCAGGACCAGACCUCUCAGUACUACACUGACCUGAUGAACAAACUGGAGCGCAUGAACAGCACCCUUGGAGCCACGCUGCUCUUCCUGGAUAACAUGCAGAGCCGCAUUGAGGAGAGGCUCCACAUGAUCCAGGGCUACCUUGGCUGGGCAGGUUUGAGCCUGACAGCCAUGUGGACGUGUGUCUCACACACAGGCUACUUUGUCCUGUGUGCAGUCCUGCUGACGUUCCUGCGUUGUCCAGGUUUCUCUCGAGCCGUGCUGCUGCUCGCCGUGCCUCUCAAUGCACUGGCCGAGGUCAACCAGCAGCCGGCGCUGGAUCUUACCGGCCUCAGCCUGCUGCUGCUCAUUCUCUCUCUGGGUCACUGGUUUGUGAGUCAGUUGUGGGCAUGCCUCCAGAUCAGAGGAAAGCCCGCCUCCCCGCUGCCACUGGCCCCGUGUGACAUUGUUAAGCCCAUGAAGCAGCCAGUCUCAUAUCCACUGUCCUCUACACCACAGAAAGGUAAAAAUGAUUGCUUCAUGGAGCAAGAUGACCUUUUGAAUCAAGACAGCUUCAUAUCAGGUAACUUUGGCAUAGCUGCAGUGACUCCUCCUCACAGGAAGCCAAUGCCAGAGUCCAGGUUUAUGCCGAUUAUUGGCACACCCAACCACUCCACUCCCAGGCUUGUACCACUGCAGUUUCUUUCAGCAGCCCUGGUUGCUGAUACUCCCCCAAGAAACCUUGGAGGUAUUUUUGAUGCAGUGAACAGCUCGCGUGAAUUCACAAACUCACGAAGUGCGAGUCCGACCCCGUCACUAGUCAGCAACAGCUCUCUAUCAGGCCGUCAGCUGUGCAAUGGGGUCACAAGAACAGGGAAGGCCUGUAAGAAGAGAGCCGUGCUGGGACAGGAGUACUGCAGAGUCCACGAAGGAGUCCACAUCCCCUAUGUUGUCAAAUGAGCACGACACUUUUUAAGACUACAGAAGUUUUAAAUAUAUUUUUAUUGCCAUGUUUUUUUUUUAACUGUCUCUACGUGUACAUUGCUAGAGGGUCUUCUCUGCAAAAACUAUAAUCAACUGUUAUUGUGAUGUCAUUGUAAGUUGUGCCUGCUGUUCAUUUUUAAGUUAAUAAAUUAUUUCUUUGCUUAUGAA